UUGCUUGUUUUGAAGUCAAAGUGAUACAUGUGUUGGACGCAAGAGCCAAGCUGCUACGCGCCCUAACCCAGAACAACAACAACGUGAUACAUGUGGGAUAAAUAGGUCCUACAUAAGUUUUUCAGGCAUUGGCCUGAUGGUCUUUUUGUCCGAUCUCUGACCAUAUCUUACCUGGCUCUGGAUCCUCGGAACAAGGUCUGCAUAAUGUCUGCUAGUUUGAGCCGCUGUCUCAUGGCAGCUGUUCAGCUUCACCUUCAGCACAGGGCCCUCAGACUGUUGUCAUGUGCUGGAUCAAGCCAGUCAAAUUUGCUAGCUAAAUAUGGUUCUUAUACCAAUUGGUCAUGGAGAAGGUGGAAGACUACCAAUUCUAAAAUUCCUCAGAAGUCUGGAGGACCAGCAGAUGAGUCCAAAUCAGAGCUUCCCCACGUGAACGUGGGCACCAUCGGUCACGUAGACCACGGCAAGACGACGCUGACAGCGGCCAUUACACGUGUGCUGGGCGCGCACCAGCAGAGUGAGUACGUGCCGUUCGACCAGAUCGACCGCGCGCCGGAGGAGCGACGGCGGGGUGUCACCAUCAACGCGGCACACGUGCAGUACAGCAGCGGACGCCGCCACUACGCGCACACAGACUGCCCCGGACACGCCGACUAUGUGAAAAACAUGAUCUGUGGCACGUCUCAGAUGGAUGGCGCCAUCCUUGUGGUGGCUGCCAACGAUGGUCAGAUGCCGCAGACACGCGAACAUCUUCUGCUGGCGCGGCAGAUCGGUGUUGACAAGAUCGUCGUGUUUGUCAACAAAGCGGAUCUGGUGGACGAGGAGGUGCUGGAGCUGGUCGAGCUUGAGAUGCGCGAGCUGCUCGAUAAUUUCGGGUUUGACGGCUCAACCACGCCGUUUGUGAUCGGCUCGGCGCUGCAGGCGCUGAACGGCGGUGACGGGGAGCUCGGCGAACCCUCCAUUUGGCGGCUGGUGGAGGCCCUGGACGAGCACGUGCCUAUACCGGAGCGAGACCGAGCCGCGCCGUUCCUUAUGCCCGUCGAGAGUGGGUUCACCGUGCCCGGCCGCGGCACUGUGGUGGUCGGCACGCUCAAACAGGGCGUCCUGAAGCGACGCGUGGACGCCGAGCUGGUCGGUUUCGACACUCGCAUCAAGACGGUCGCCACCGAUAUCCAGGUGUUCAAGAAGUCGGUGCCGCAGAUCGAAGCCGGCGAGCACGCAGGUGUACUCCUGCGGGGAGUCCCCGUGUCUGCAGUGAAGCGUGGUAUGUCUCUGACGCCUCCCGGGGCGUUCGACACGUCUAACGUGCUGUGGGCUCGACUCUACCUCCUGGAGCGCAGCGAGGGCGGCCGUAGCAAACCCAUCACGUCCAGCUACGUACAGCAGCUGUUCUGCGAGACGUGGACGGUCGGCUGCCGGGUGAUGCUACCUCCCGGGACGGAGAUGAUGCUGCCCGGAGACGCCGGCCGGGUCAGUCUGCUGCUGCCGCGGCAGAUGCUGGCGAGGCGCGGUCACCAUUUCACACUCCGCGAGAACGGAGUCACCGUGGCGACUGGCGUGAUCACGGGCGUGAGGCCACCAGUGCGGGUGCUUGGCGUGGACAAAUUGAUAGAGGUGACGCCGGAGCAGAUUGACUUUGAGCCAGAUGAUUCGGCACCCGUCAGCUGAGUUAGAGAGUGGUGUGUGCGGUGUGGGAUGAGUGGAAAAAAUACGCAUGGGGCGACAUCUGUUCCAGCAAUGGUGGUGCCACCUAGUUACUUUGACAUGGUGUGUGGUAGAGGUGGCAAAAUGUGGACCCGAGGACCCGGUCCAAAGAACCUGUCUGGACCCGUAUGGGUCCAAACCGGUUCCUGGAAAUUUUCUGACGGGUCCAACCGGGUCCUACCAUAAACUAUACAUCUUACACACUACACAUUAUUGCAAAAUAUGAAGCGAAUGAAGUGAAUGUUUCCUUGCACACAGUAGUUCAUGAGCGUUCCCAGUGGGAAAUAGGCUGUUUUACAUGAUGCAACUAAUGAUUCCUACAAGUAGAUUGGAUUAAUUGACUUUUGGGGAACGGG